AUGAGUAGAACUGCUGGUUUCUUUGACAGACCAAUUAUAGAACAAAGUAGGAAAAUGUUAUACUGCUAUAGCAUGGAGCACCCAAGCUUGACAAAGGCUGAAAGAAGGAAGAUAUGUGGGCUGAUGGAUGUCAGAAAACUGACAAUAGAUUCAUCUAUGCACGCGGCGCUGAAUGAACGACUGCCACUCCGAGUUGUGGUGCAAGUUCUCUUUUUUGAGCAGGUUAGAGCUGCUGCAGGGGUUCAUGCCCCUAACAACAAUCCCCGUGAUGCUUCACACUCCACAACAAACACAGAUGAAGAGUGGGAGAAAUCAACAGUGGAAGAUGACCGCAGAUCCCUCAAGAAACAGAUGAGAAAACACAAACAUGGGAGGCUCUUUUCCUUCUCCCUCCUCUCUUUUCUGCCUCUUCUCAUACUCUUCUCCAUCCUAAAUGCUAAACCAGCUAAGGGGUUUCCUCUCUCCACCAACUCGAGAUGGAUCGUGGACGACCAAAGCGGGCAACGAGUGAAGUUAGCAUGCGUGAAUUGGGCGUCACAUCUCGAACCAGUUGUUGCAGAGGGACUUAGCAAGAAGCCGGUGGACGUCAUCUCCAAAGGGAUUUUGGCUAUGGGAUUCAAUUGUGUUAGGUUCACUUGGCCAAUCUAUUUGGCCACCAAUGAUUCCUUGGCCUUUCUCACAGUCAGACAGUCUUUUCAGAAUCUUGGUUUGACUGAAGCCAUUGCCGGUAUUCAGACAAACAACCCCUCUAUCAUUGACCUUCCCCUCAUAGAAGCCUUCCAGGCAGUGGUAUCCAACCUUGGGGACAACAAUGUGAUGGUGAUAUUAGAUAAUCACAUAACAAAGCCAGGUUGGUGCUGCAGUAACACUGAUGGCAAUGGAUUCUUUGGCGACCAGUACUUUGAUCCGCAACUGUGGAUCAAUGGUCUCACCAAAAUGGCUACUCUGUUUAAUGGAGUCACUAAUGUUAUUGGCAUGAGCUUGAGGAAUGAACUCCGAGGCCCCAAACAGAAUGUAAAUGAUUGGUACAGAUAUAUGCAGAGAGGAGCUGAAGCAGUGCAUUCAGCAAACCCAAAUGUUCUUGUUAUUCUCUCCGGCUUAAAUUUUGACAAAGACUUAUCAUUCAUUCGCAACCAACCAGUGAGUCUCACGUUUACUGGGAAGACAGUAUUCGAGGUACACUGGUAUAGUUUUACAGAUGGGCAGGCAUGGGUAAAUGGUAAUCCAAAUCAAGUGUGCGGGCGAGUGGUGAAUAAUAUGAAGGGUUCAUCAGGGUUUUUGUUGGACAAAGGGUGGCCAUUGUUGGUGAGUGAGUGGGGAGUGGAUUUAAGGGGAACCAAUGUGAAUGAUAAUAGGUAUUUGAACUGCAUCUUGGGUGUGCUAACUGAGCUUGACUUGGAUUGGGCAUUGUGGACGCUAGUUGGGAGUUAUUAUUUGAGAGAAGGGGUUGUUGGGUUAAAUGAGUAUUAUGGAGUAUUGAAUUGGAACUGGGGUGAGAUCAGAAAUUCAAGCUUUUUACAGAGAAUAUUAUUUCUUCAAUCUCCAUCUCGAGGACCCGGUUUAUCAGAAAGAUCUUUGCACAAAGUGAUUUUCCAUCCAUUAACAGGUCUCUGUGUCCUCAGAAAAUCAUACUUUGACCCUCUGAGGUUGGGUCCUUGUACCGACACAGAACCAUGGAACUACACACCCCAGAAGAUUUUAUACCUGAAGGGGACAUAUUUCUGCAUACAAUCAAACGGGUUGGGGAAGCCAGCUAAACUUGGCAUAAAAUGCACCAACUCUAAUACAAGAUGGGAAAUCAUAUCAGAUUCUAAGAUGCACCUGUCAUCUCAGGCAAAAGAUGGCACUACUGUUUGCCUGGAUGUAGACUCAAGCAACACCCUGGUUACAAAUACCUGUAAAUGUUUGGGUACAGAUAAAACAUGUGAUCCGGCAAGUCAGUGGUUCAAACUCGUUGACAGCACUAGAAGUUCAACUACAACUAAAUCAUUCUUACAGUUCAACCCGAGUUUGGAUUUACCUGGAAAAGAUUUCCUAUGGAAAUUAUUUGACUCGUUCUGAUGGCAGCUCUAAAUGCAACUAAUAGACAACCAGGACAUGGGAAUUUACAGUUGGAAAUGGCGAAAUGCAGAAUGCCGCCUCUACUAGAAAUCAAUUAAAGAAUUCUGGGUCAACCUCAUUAGUUAAAGAGUAAAUGCAAACCUAUUGUAAUUAAUUAUGUUGGUCAUUGCAUGGGACAUGACUCAUAGUAAAAAAUAAUCACCAUUGUACUUAUAAAUAAGGGUGUUUACAGUAUACAUACAUGAAGUAAAAA